GAUGGUAGCUGUUAAGGACUUAAGGAAACAUGCCGUGGCUUAGACCCAUGAUUUCAUUGGAGAACCGGCAGCUUUCCCAGGUCAUCUGCGCCGUUGCGAUACGACUCUCAAGCAGAUGCAGGAGAAGCGAAGAACCGUUGAGGCUGACAUUGAGCCUGAGCAGGAGUCGCUCCCAGCCCUGCGGAUGCCUCCAGUGCUGGAGACGCAGCCGCAGCGCCGUGAGCGGCGCGCGGUGCAGGACUUAUCAUUGCUUCAUGGCCGAGAACUCGUACAAGCGCAGUUGACUAAGAUCAUGGAGGAUUUGGGCGCGUAUGACGUGGAGCUGGACGAGGGCUUGCAGAGUGCCGGCUUGACCAGCAGGGCGGCCGUGCAGAUGCGCAGUGAAUUAGAGCAAACCUUUGGAGAUUUGCGAUACCCGUCCACUUUGGCGUUCGACCAUCCGUCGAUCAGGCAAAUGAGCGAAUGGCUCGUAGUCGCGCAGCAAAAGCCUGGCGUCAUUGCGGGCUGAUGGUGCUUCCAGUUAGGAAAGAGGUCGGUG